CAUCCCAAAGGACCCCAACUCUCACAAGUGACCCUAAACCACUUGCUCCAAGUUGCAAAAACCACCGUUACAAAUGGCAAGUGUAAUUGAGUAAGUUGUCAACUUGUGUGAUGACCAUCUCAGUAUUGGUUUAGCUUGAUUGGUGAUUUGCUGUUUUGCUCCAAGGUAUAUAAGUAGCCAGACCGUGUCUAGUGCUCUCUCUCUUUCUUGUGUGAAAAAAAUAUAAAAACCAAGAAACCUGUGUGAGAUAAGAGCGUGGUGGGAUGAUGCCGUACACCGCUCCACGGCCGUCGCCGCCGCAGCACAGCCGGAUCGGGGGCUGUGGCGGUGGGGGAGUGUUGAAGGCGGCGGGGGCGGCGGGGCACGCGGCGUCGUGCGUGGCGGUGCCGGCGGAGGUGGCGAGGCACCACGAGCACGCGGCGGGCGUGGGGCAGUGCUGCUCGGCGGUGGUGCAGGCGAUAGCGGCGCCGGUGGACGCGGUGUGGUCGGUGGUGCGGCGGUUCGACCGGCCGCAGGCGUACAAGCACUUCAUCCGGAGCUGCCGCCUCCUGGACGGCGACGGCGACGGCGGCGCGGUGGCGGUGGGGUCGGUGCGGGAGGUGCGGGUGGUGUCGGGCCUCCCCGCCACCAGCAGCCGCGAGCGGCUGGAGAUCCUCGACGACGAGCGCCGCGUGCUCAGCUUCCGCGUCGUCGGCGGCGAGCACCGCCUCUCCAACUACCGGUCGGUCACCACCGUGCACGAGACGGCGGCCGGCGCCGCCGCCGCCGUCGUCGUGGAGUCCUACGUGGUGGACGUGCCCCACGGCAACACCGCCGACGAGACCCGCAUGUUCGUCGACACCAUCGUCCGGUGCAACCUCCAGUCGCUGGCACGCACCGCCGAGCAGCUCGCCCUCGCCGCGCCGCGCGCCGCCUAGAUCAUAGCUAGCUCUCCCUCUCCCUCUCCCUCUCCCUCCUGCCUGACCUGACCUGAUCUCCGGCGACCACCGGCUCGCGCCGCCGCCGUUUUUCUCUUUUCCCCGGGAGGUUGAUGCUUAUCGCUUCUUGACUUCUUCUCGUGUUUGGCUCUUUGGGUGUAGAUUGAUCAGCGUUUGGUUUCUAGUUUGUUUGUUUUUUUUCCUCUUUUUUUUUCGCUUGUAGACAACACAGAGUACAAAUCAUUUGUGUGGGUGCUGCCUGAUAUUAACUAUUGUUCAUAGUUCAUACACAUGUAGUACAACUCUUAGUAUCUAUCUGUAUCUCGUGGCCUAGAUAAUUAAUUACUUGAUCAGAGUUAAUUAA